AUGUAUCACUGGAGAAUAUUUUCGUUGAAGAUACCAAAUUUGGAUUAUAGUAGGAGUAUCCAGCAAUUGGAUUUAUCUUCUCAACAAAGUAUGUUUAAAAUCAUUAUCUUCUAUAGUGGUGACACAGUAGAUGACUUGAAAAUCUAGAAUUUAACAUUGAACAAUAUUGAUUGUAACUGUAGCAAAAAUCACUCUCUAAUUUAACUUUAAGCUAUUUAUGCUGAAUUAGUUGACAUCAAUGUUUCAAAUAUAAAUACUAACUAUAAUAUGCUGAAUUCAGCUGCGGAAUUUGGAUCAUAGGUGUUCCAGAUUGUUCUGAGGAAUGAUUCUUUUGACCAGGAUAUUUUGAAAAAUGGAUAUUUUAAGAGUAUUUAAGGUGGUGCUUUAUCACUAAAUCCUGAAACUACUACUUCGCAAGAUGAUUUAGAUGGGAUAAUGGCAAUUUAAUACCUAGCAAUAUUUAACUCUGUUUUUUUAGACAACUAUGAGAUCUUACCAACAACAAAUGGUUAUGAAUAAUUUGGAUAUUCGACUAUACCUUAUUUUAAUAGAUUGAAUUUCUAAUCAUUUGAGAUGAAAGUCACUAAUAGUAUUUUUGAAGGAUGUAGAUUCGGCUAUUUAGGAGGAGUUUUCCACUUGGAUGGAAUGAACAAUGUCUUUAUAUCUGACAAUUCGACUUUUCUUAAUAACUUUGGUUGGUAUGGAGGAAUUGUUUACUGUUCAAACUGUUAUGCAAUAGUGUUUUUCAAAUCAAAUAUCACUGAAACACAGGCAUAUCAAGGAGGAGUCUUGUUUACAGAAAUAGACAAGCCAGUUUUAUAGCAAUAAAUCAUUUACACCGAAAGCAUUAUACAUGAUAUCAUGAGUUGUUCUGAGGGUGGCUUAAAUUAUAUAGUCACGAAUUCAUAUACUUCUUUACAAAUAAACCUUCAAGAAUCACGAUUCGAAAAAGUUAAUGCAUCUUUUUAUGAUGACUCCUCUUCUUACAAAUUAACUAAAACUUCAUCAGACUAGUUAAGCUUUCAGGGUGGAGCGGGGUUCUUUAUAGUUGGUGGAGUUAUGAAGUUUAAAAUUAUAAGUAGUUUUAUUCUGAAUUUGCAAUGCAAUAGUGAGGGUGCUUUUAUUUUUGCAGAAGCUUCAAGUAGCAUAGAUCUAGAAAUAAGGAAUUGUACUAUUUCAAAUGUUAGUUCUGAUGGGGGUAUAUAUUACCUAGAUUCAACAACAGGGAUAUUGACAUUCAAUGACACAUUAAGCAUUUACUCAAAUAACUCAGCGUUUCAAGGGGCAAUUUAUUAAUGUGGAUCCUGCACUUUGAAUCUUGACUCGAAUAUCUAUGAAAACAAUUUUUGCUACUAUGGUUGUGUAGCCUAUACAGGAGGUGAUUAUGGGCGAAUAUAAAUUUAAAACUGCUCUUUUACAGAUAAUCAUGCUUUGAUAUAAGGAGGUGCUAUUUACUAGUUUGCUCUUGAGUUCUCCACAUCUAUGAACAUGAUUGUUUAAAAUUCUAAAUUUCAAAUGAAUUUGGCUAAGUAUUGGCUGCAUGUAGAAAAAAGAUUUGUAGAAAAUGAGAUUGGAUCUAUGAUGAUUAGUGUUGUUCAAACUAAUUCAUUUGCCUUUGUUAACUCAACUGUGAAAUUUAUCAAUACCUAUUCAUCUAGUUAUCUCUAGAUUUAGAAUAUAUACAUGCUUUUGUAUUUGUCUAAUCUUAAUUUGGUUACAUUUGGAAAUAAUACUGUUGAUGGAGAUGCCAGCUUGAGUAAAUAAUAUAUUUAAUUGCUUUUGGGUUAAGAUAAACUAAACUAUAAUUUUGAAGGAAUUGUAAUGAUUAGAGAAUCAAAGACUGUAAUUUUAAGAAAUAAUUCAUUUAGAAGCAUUUGCUUAAAUAACUUAGGAGCUGUUGGUAUUUAUAAAUCUAGUAAUUUAACAGCUUAUAACUCUAUAUUCGACGAUAUUACAGCAUUAAAUGGACCUGCAAUGGUACUUUAAUAUACUAAUUCUACAAUCUUAAAUAUGACUUUCAAUAAUAACAAUGCUUAAUAUGGAGGAGCAAUAUAGGUUUUAGAUGAAUCUAUCAUAGCAAUUAGCUAGUCGAACUUUACUAAGAAUUAUGCAUUUUAAGAAGGUGGUGCAUUACUGAUUAAAAGAUUAAAUCCUGCUUUUAAUUAUGAAACUAAUGUUUCCAUUGAUUAUUCCUAUUUUUAAGGAAACUACGCAACAAAAGAAGGUGGAGUAUUCAAAGUUGAUGAUAAAUAUUUAAACUUAGUAAUAAACUCAGGAUAUUUUAAUAAUAAUUAAGCAAGCUAAAUUGAACUAAUAGGCUCCGGAGGUACAUUUUAUGGUUCUUAAUAUAAAUUAAUAAUCUUAAACAACUCCUAAAUUUACCAAUCUUCUGCAUAUGAAGGAAAUGGGGCAAUUUUUGGAGGAGUAUUUUAAGUUUCAUAAUCAGUACUAACUCUUUAUAAAUCCACACUUUAUGAAAACUAUGGGUAAGAUGGCGGAGUUAUUUCUGUAGAUAAUCAGGGCCAGUUUAAUGCAAUUGAUUGUACUUUUUAGUUCAAUACAGCAAUUAAAAAGGGAGGGGUUAUUAACUUGGUUACAAAAUCUACAUUUAACCUGAAAGAUUCGCUGUUUACUCAGAACUACGCAUCAGAAAAUUCAGUAAUAAAUGUUCUCGAAUCAAGUGAGACUGAAUUCUUAAAGAUUGAGAAUUGUUCAUUCACAUAUAAUGAGGCUGAGAAAAAUACUAUUCAAAUGAUGUAUGCGCACUAUUCCAUUAUUACUAACUCACUAUUUGAAAAGAAUGUAGCUUAAGUCAAUUCUAAAGGACUUUUUGUUGGGUAUUCAAAUCUUACAAUCGAGAAUACUACCUUCAUUGGUUUGUCUAAGUAAAUUACAUUUAUUUAACUUAUCAGAUCUAUUUCAAGAUAGAAAAUAGUGGCUAGACAAACAAAUAACAAAGGCACAUUCAUUAACGGAAUAAUGAAUAGCAACAUUACAAUAAUUAAUUCAUAAUUCAUGUAUGGCUCUGGUACCUAUGAUUCUGAAAUGACGAUUAAGGAUUCUUAUUUCAGAUAAAAUGUUGUCUUAUAUAGUGGUGGAGCUGUUUAUGCCGCUAACUUUAAAAGAUUAGAUAUAUAUAAUACAACUUUCGAGCAAAACCUAGCAGAGGAAGUGGCAGGAACUUUGAAGGGUCAAACAGUCAAUGAAUAAGGAGGUUCAAUAAUGUGCACUGAUUGUGGAAUAUUCUUUUUGUAUAAUGCAUAAAUCAUAGAUUCUAAAUCAACUAAAGGUGGAUCCAUUUAUUUGGAGCAAACUAAUUUGAGAAAAACUAAGUACUCAGAUAAUAUGGCAUAUUCUACUAUUAACUCCCGUUCUUUAACUGAUGGUGGAGCGAUAUAUCUUCAUAAUUUGCACAAAGUUCUUAUUCAAGAUAAUUAAGUGAUUAAAAAUAUAGCUGAGAAUAAAGGAGGAGGAAUAUAUAUGGAUUGUUAAGACCCUUAUAACUGCAAGUAUGAAUUUGGUGGAAUCAAUUCAUUUAAAGAAAACUAAGCCAAUAGCUCUGGUGGAGCAAUAUAGUGGAAUGAUGUUAAACCAACUUUAUUACAUGGAGCCUCCUAUACAUUCAAAGAUAAUUCUGCUUUAAUUUAUGCUGAUGAUAUUGCAAGUUACCCAUAAAAACUAAUUAAAUUAACCUUGGAAUAAUACAAUUCGCAGAUUAAAAGGUCUAAUCCUGAAUAAGAUGACUAAAGAAGACUUUAGAAUAAAGAAUAAGAUCUAUAAAGUAGAAGGCUUACUCUUUAAACUUCUUCAGCGUAAGAUAAUUAAAGAAGUGGGGAUAAAUUACCAAUAAUGUACCUUGCAUUAGUAGACUAAAUGGGCUAAGUUGUAGGAACUGAGAGUAGUAAAAAAUUAGAUAUAUAAAUCAAAUCUACACUUAGUAAUGGCUCAAAUGCACUGAAAUAUCAAGCCUCAAUCAUUGGAACUAAAUGCAUUCCAGGUGAGAUGUUCGCUGAAGAUGGAUCAUGUGACCCUUGUCCAGCAGGUAAAUCUUAUUCACUUGUGAAAAUGACAGAACCAGGACAAUGCAGCACAUGUCCAAGUUCAAAAGCUGUUUGUAAUGGAGGGUCUAACGUUGGACCUUAAAAAGGUUACUGGAGAAGAAGUAAUACUUCAUCAACAUUUAUUUAAUGCUUUAACAAGGGUUCUUGCUUAGGGAUGAUCCCACCACAAAAUAAUCCUUAAGGAUCUUGCUUAUCAGGAUAUAAUGGCAUUUUAUGCGCUGACUGUAUUGUAGGCUAUUCAAGAACAGGUACAUUUGAAUGUGGAAAAUGCCCUGAAUAUGGGUAGAAUCUAUUUAGAAUAAUUGCAAUAAUCUUGGUAGCUAUUAUAGUAAUAAUAUUCCUAAUAAGAUCUACAUUAAAUGGUGCAGCUGAUGUUAAAAAUACAACAAGUGUUUUUUAAAAGAUUAUACUGAAUCAUAUUCAACUGAUUGUUCUUACAGCAUCAUUUGAUUUCAAAUGGCCAUAGAUAGUUUUAGACUAUUUCAAAUCUAGUGAAACAAUUGGUGAAGCAUCAAACUAGAUAUUCUCAAUUGAUUGCUUCUUAAAUAAUGAUCAAGGUUACAUUAGUGAGUAAGAAAAAGAAGAUUAAAAAACUGGAAAGGCUCUGGGUGUAAGAAUAUUCUAUAUAAAGCUUGCCCUAUUUGGAUUACUUCCUGUUUUCUUAGUACUAAUAUCAUCCUCCUUCUGGUUCAUCUUAUACAAUAAACCUAAUCAAAAACUUAUAAGAAUUACAAAAGCGAUAUCAACUGUGGUUAUCCUGCUAUUUUUGGUACAUCCAAAUAUAGUGAAAUUUGUAUUUAACCUUUUCAAUUGUAUUGAUAUUGAUGGAGAAAAGAGAGUAAAAAAUGACCUUGAGAUUUUAUGCUAUGUUGGAGAACAUAUAAUAUGGGCAUUAGGAAUCGGAUUGCCAAGUUUAGUCGUAUGGGGCCUUGGUAUUCCUCUGUUUGCUUUUGUUCUUCUCGAAAGAGAUCAUAAAUCUCUAGAUUCCUUGAUUAUAAGACAAAAAUAUGGUUUCCUUUAUAGAGGUUUCAAAAGAAGAUUUUACUACUGGGAAAUAGUUAUUACUUAUAGAAAGAUCUUUCUCAUCUUUAUCUAAAUUUUUCUAGUUUAAUAUGGAGUAAUCACUCAAGCGAUGCUAGUUUUGAUGAUGCUGAUCAUUUUUAUGGCAAUCAACUUGACUAAAUAACCUUUCUAAACAUAAACAUUGAAUGAGCUCGAAACCUUGUCAUUGAUAACUUCACUUUUGACAAUAUUUUGUGGAGUAUUUUUUAUUGUCUCAGUUGAUCAAACAGAUUUACAAAGUAAUUAAAAUCUUUCGGACUCUCAAGUUAUAUUAUUAAGCAACUUGAUAUUUUUCACAUUUUGGACAUUUAAAAUGGUUAUUGAAAUUAAGCACAUGCUAAUGAAAAAAUUUUCAAAAAUUUAUAUUUUCCUGUUCUUGUGCAAUAACAAAUAGAAAUAUCACAUAAUGAUGGAGAUUAAUAGAAUAAAAGAAGAAAAUGAGAUUUUGAGAGAGAAAUACUAAGAUCAUUUGAAAUAAUUAAUGGAAAUGUGUGACAAUGGUGAACUCCUUCUAAAUCAAAAGAACCUAGAAAAACUAUUAAAUGGUUUAAGCAAAGAAAAAAUACUAAAAAUAGUUGGGAUUUAGGAAGAAUAAUAGCCUUAGAUAUCAAAUAGAGACCAUUAUAGUAAAAAAAGAAUAAAUAGGCCUAAUAAAAAUAAAUUGACUGAAGAAAAUAUCAUAACCACUUUGUUUAAGAAAAAUAAAAGAGGGAUUAGUAAUGAUUAAUAAGAUAAUGAAGGUAAAUUGGUUAUUAAAUCACAAGAAUUAGCUAAGAGACAUCAUCAUAGAAAAACCUUAAGCAAGCAAUUGAAGAAGAUGUUUGAAAAAAGUUUAAAUUUCAUUGAAACUGCUAAUCAGAGAAUUUUUUACACAGAAAAUCAUUAAGAAUCAUAAGUUUUUGAUUACUAUGAUAGAGGUAUUUCUCCUCUCUACACAGAUAGUUAAAAGGAUGAUGAUAAAGGAAAAAUCAUAUUAACAACUUCUGAGCUCGAAAAUAACACUGAAAAAAUAAAAUAUAACUUACGAAUUUAUAAACCUGAAUAUGUAAAUAGCUUACCUUAGAGGUAUUCAGAGGAAGAUCUAGCUUUCAUAGAAAUUGAAAAUGAUAUAGUAGGAAGCUAUCAAUAUUAAGAUAAGCCUACAGCUACAAACUCAGGUCAUGAAAGAUAAUAUUCAGCAAAAAUAUACCCAGAAAAUUAAACUAAUCUAUUUGAUUCUGUCAUUAGAGAAAAACAGAACUCCUUAGCAAAUGACUCUCUAUUUCAUGUUAUUAAAAAGAGUAAAAUGGUAUUGAAUAGUAAGAAGAAAUUCUCUUAAUUUAGGAACGAUAAGCACUACAAAAAAUUAAGAGCAGAUCUAUCAAAAUCCACUCUUCAUUUAGAGGAAAAGACUUCUGAUAACAACUUAUUACAAUUAAUUACUGAAGAAAAAACCCCGAUGUAAAGAGAUUAAAUGAUAAACGAAGAUAUAAUGAUAGAGGACCAAAAUUCUAAUCGUAAUCUCUUAGAUACCAUUAGAACUUAAAACAAUUAGUAGCCACUAAGUUUGGAAUUUAUGAGACAGGAUGAAUCAUUGUCUUCAAGCAUGAAUUUAGAGAGCAAGGAUUUUGAAGGAGUAAAUUAACUAGAGUAAUAAGAAAAUUUUGAAGACUAUUUAGGCAAAAAAAUUGAAAAUCUUGAAGAAGAUUACUAAUGA